AAACAAAACAGACGACACGUCUCUAUCUCUUGCUCGCUCAUCUUUUUUGGUGGAAGAAUUUUGCGAAAUAUAGCGCUGAGUGCCUGACGUUGUGUAUUUUUCAAUCAUUGUUACUAACUUUGAAAGUGAAAACGUUUUUCUAUGUGAUUCAUCUUUUGCCACUUAUUCUGGUUAUUAAAUGGAAGGAUCAUUUUAAGGUGACAUUGUAUUAAAGGAGUAUGACGAAUAGUAGCAUUCUAAUUUAUCAACAUUCCACAAAUUGUAUACGUCGAUGACCCGUGGCCAGUGACCAGUGGCCAAUAUACAUUUCACAAUGAAGAAACAUAGAACUUUCCUAACAGUUUGCAUAUUACUUUUUCUAUGCUGGAACAUGGGUGCAUAUUACUUUUUUGUUUAUGGAGCCAAAAGAAAAGACAAACAGCCGGCUUCCCAAUUAUCUGAAAGGCUUGCUCGUCUGCAAGCUGAAUUGAAAGACCAAAUGCAGGUCAAUGAACAGCUUCUUAUAGAUAUUGAUAAAGAAAAGGAAAUUUUAUUACAAAAAAAAAAAGUUCAAGAAAUUUCACAGUAUAAGAGAAAAUUAGAAGAGCUUAAUAAAAAAGAACAUUUGGAACAACCAGUUCUUGUCAACAACCAUCUACCACAACAAAGAAUUAAAAAUGAUUAUAGUUUUUCAUCAGUUGUUUUACCUGUGUUAUUGAUAGCCUGUAAUAGACCAACUGCUGUUAAAAGGAGUUUAGACACACUGUUACGGCAUCGGCCAUCAGAAAAACAAUUUCCAAUUGUAGUGAGUCAGGAUUGUGGGCAUGCAGAAACAGAAAAAGUAAUUCGAAGCUAUGGUGAUAAAGUAAGGUUGAUAAAGCAACCUGACUUAAGUGAGAUUAAAGUGCCCGUGCAGCAUAAAAAGUUUAUAGGUUAUUAUAAAAUUGCUCGUCACUAUAGGUGGGCACUCAAUCAGAUAUUCAAGGAAUUAAACUAUAAUGCAGCUAUCAUUGUUGAAGAUGAUCUUGACAUUGCUGUUGAUUUCUUUGAGUACUUCUUGGCAACCUAUCCACUGUUAGUUGAAGACAAAUCUUUAUGGUGCGUGUCAGCCUGGAAUGAUAAUGGGAAACUAGAGAGAAUAUCAAACGAGGCUGAUUUACUAUAUAGGUCAGACUUUUUUCCUGGGCUUGGCUGGAUGUUGCUGAAGGAAGCAUGGAUUAAUCUUGAACCAAAUUGGCCUGAGGGAUUUUGGGAUGACUGGAUGAGGCACCCGAAUCAACGUAAAGAGCGAGCCUGUAUUCGUCCAGAAAUAUCUCGUACUGAUACAUUUGGAAAGAUUGGUGUCAGCAAGGGGCAGUUUUUUGAGCAGCACUUGAAGUUCAUCAAACUGAACACUCAGUUCAUACCCUUUACUCAAGUUGAUUUAUCUUACUUAAAAAAGGAGAAUUAUGAUCCAAGGUUUCGCAAGGAGGUUUACGAUGCCCCCGAGGUUUCCCUACAUCAACUGACGAGAGAAGAAGCUCGCGGAUUUCCAGUGGUUCGUAUUCAAUAUAGGUCGAAGGAUUCGUUCAAGACAAUUGCAAAAAGCUUAGGCAUCAUGAAUGAUUUUAAGAGUGGUGUUCCAAGAACAGGCUACCUUGGCGUUGUAAGUUUCAUCUACAAAGGUCAUCGUGUAUAUCUUGCACCUGACUCAUCAUGGAGCGGUUACGAUGUUUCGUGGAUGUAAACUCAAGAAAAUAGCAGGCCAUCUAGGGUAAAAAAAAAAAAAAACCAAUAACAAGAAUAGAAACCAUGCAAACUUACAGUGAAUUUGAUUUAAAUUUCAAGAUAUCUUAGGGAGUAUUAUAACGCAUGGAAGGAACCUUUUCUGAGUGUCAAUCAACCUUAACAAAUGACGAAUCAAAAUAUGGCUAGGAAUAAUAUGUGUCUUGCACAGUCACUGUCAUUUUGUGGGACCUUAGCAACAAUGUCCAAGGGGCGAGGCUUAGCUGAAAGGUCCAUUAUCCAGGUGCAUGAGAGCCUGGCCCUGCCCGGCCUAGCCUAGGCUAGCCUAGCCUGGCAUAGGUGCAGUAAUCUGUACCUGUACAGUAUGUUUUCUACACCACAAUGUUUGAUGUUGAUGUUUGUAUGGUUUCUCUCUCUGAGGUAUUGGUACAUCUAGGUAUGACAACAUCAAAUAUUUGAUGGAUUGAUUGAUUGACAGAUUUAUUUGGGAAUUUUAUUAAGUAGUGGUGUAAAUGGUAAACAUGUAACAUGGUAGAAAUGGUAAUAAAAAUUAUGAAAAAGGUGAUAUUAAUACUAAUGAUAUUGAUUAGUGAUAAUGAUGAUGAUAACAGUAAUUUUAAAAUUACCAAUGAUAAUAACGACAAUAAUGAUAUCCAUUAAUGACAGUAAUGAUGAUGAGGAUAAAAUAAUAAAAAUGAAAAAAAAGAAUAGCCAUGAUAAUAAUUAAGUUUUACAUAAUAUUAAUAAAUUUAUUCAUAGACAAACAUAGCUACACAUACAGUCAUACCAACAGCAGUGAACACAAGACAUUAAUGCUGUCAGGUGUUGUUUGAAAAAUGUUGUACAGGCUACAUACAUACUUAGUACUGUAAAACAUGAUGGCGUAUAUUUUGGUAUUGCUUCCAAUACCAAGUGUUCACCAUCCUCAAAAAAUUUUUAAAAUCAGGAAUUCCAGAGGAUUGCUUUAUGGAACCCUAUUUAAAUUUGGUAUUUAAAUUAAUUGUCAUUUUGAUACAAGUAAAAAAGAGCAAAAAUACACAUUUGGACAUAUUAAAAUUAUCAUUUUAGACAAUAUUGUUAUCCUUUUCCUAAGCUUACAAAUGUCAAAAUUUUCACAUAAUGUUUACAAAUUUUCUACAAAUGCCCCAUAACUUUCAUAAAUGUUUAUCAAUUUACAUAAUGAUUACCUAUCUACUAAUAGCCCAUAAGGUUCACUAUUUCAACAAGAGAUAGAGGACCUUCAAAGCCUAACGCAAUAAAUCCUGUCGUUGCAUGGUGAAUUGGAUCUUGGUUGCGGCCACAAAAUGAUGCUGAUGAUUACUAAUUUGCAUAAAAUUUUACUAAUUGCAUAAAAAUACAUUCUACUAAAAUAAGCAGAUAAAUUUUAGAUUUCUGUAACUUUAUGUGAACCCAAUUGGAAACAAGUCGCCAUUUGGCGACUUUUAUGGGUUAUCCGGGUGAUCUGUUUGUCAAAGAUUGUUUUGUUUUCCGCUCAUUUGUUAUUUGAUGUCUGUAUUUGUUUGCCGAAUAAAGAAAUUAAAAGAAAUGAAAUGGAAGCAAUCCUAAACUUCUACAUAAUGUUUAGAAAAAAUGUUAUGUUUACCACUUUACAAAAAAUGAUUUUGAUUGUGAUGUUUUAGACAUCUGGACAUGAUUUAUAGUAGUACAUAUUUGUUUCUUUUGUCAAUAUUUUUGCAAGAAAAUAAAUUUUAAAAAUAGAAUUUGUGCUGUGUGAAUUAAAAAUAUUUAGCUGUCUUUUGGCAUUGUGAGAGGGAGUGUUGUGGUCAUAGUAUAGGAGAGUGUUAUACUUAAUGUCCAUAGUGUGGGAGGGUGUUAUAUCCAAUGUCCAUUGUAUAAGGUGUUAUAUCCAAUGUCCAUAGGAUAGGAGUGUGUUAUAUCCAAUGUCCUAGUAUAGGAGGGUGUUAUAUCCAAUGUCGAUAGUGUAAGAGGGUGUUAUGUCCAUAGUAUAUUAAAAAGUUAUGUUUAUAGAAUGAGCAAA